UCAACAACGGACGUGAAACGCGAGACACGCAGUGUGAAAUUUACGGCGAAUCGUAUCGAGCUGUUCUAAUCUGAAGCCAAACGCGGGGAAAAUAGGAUCCUUCCCCAUUCACCAGUGCCCUGUGUUCAAUCAGAUUCAGGUGGACUUCUGCUGAACUUGUGUGUGUGCGGCAGAGAUAGUGCGUGUCGUUUUGGCCAAAAAAUGACCAACGACGGAGUAUCGUCGUUGCGAAAGGUGCUGGUGAUCGGAUCGGGUGGCCGUGAGCAUGCGAUAUGUUGGAAGCUGUCGCGUAGUGAGCGAGUUAGCACGGUGUACGUUUUGCCCGGAAGCCCUGGAAUUGCCGCGAUCCCCAAAGUGCAGCGGCUGACCGAAGUGAAUGCGAAAGAUUUCACGGCCAUCGUCCGUUGGUGUAAGGAGAACGAGAUCGAUCUGGUCGCAGUCGGACCCGAAGACCCGUUGGCCGAUGGCCUGGGCGAUGAGCUACGAAAGGCGAAUGUUCGAUGCUUUGGACCUGGAAAGCGCGGAGCGCGGAUCGAAGCGGACAAGAACUGGUCCAAAGAUUUUAUGCAUCGGCACGGCAUUCCGACCGCCCGGUAUGCUUCGUUCACGGAGGCGGCUCCAGCCAAAGCGUUCAUCCGCUCAGCACCGUACGCGGCACUCGUCGUCAAGGCGAGUGGUCUGGCCGCCGGCAAGGGUGUGAUCGUGGCAGACACGGUCGACGAGGCGUGUGCGGCCGUUGACGAAAUUUUGGGCGAUCGCCGCUUCGGAGCGGCCGGCGAAGUAGUGGUCGUGGAGGAACGAUUGACUGGCGAAGAGGUAUCGGUUCUGGCGUUCGUGGAUUCGCGAACCGUGCGCGUUAUGCUGCCGGCACAAGAUCACAAGCGACUGCGCGAUCAGGACCUUGGACCCAACACAGGCGGCAUGGGAGCGUACUGCCCGUGUCCCCUCAUAAAAUCGGAUGAACUGGAACUGGUCGUGCGGGAGGUGCUACAGAGAGCCGUCGACGGAUUGCGCAAGGAAGGAAUCGCGUACCACGGCGUCCUGUACGCUGGCAUGAUGCUAACACCGGAUGGUCCGAAAACGUUGGAGUUUAACUGUCGCUUCGGUGAUCCGGAAACGCAGGUCAUUCUGCCGCUCCUCAAAUCCGACCUGUACGACGUGAUGGAGGCCACAUGCGAGGGACGGUUGCACGAAGUGCAGCUUCAAUUCCGGCCAGCCACCAGUGCGGUUGGGGUAGUGAUGGCAAGCAAGGGCUAUCCGGAAACCUCCACCAAAGGUUGCGUCAUCAAAGGUCUUGAUGCGGUAGCGUCUCGCCCGGAACAUCUGGUGUUUCACAGCGGAGUGACGUUGAAUGGUCGGGAGGAGUUUGUCACUAACGGGGGACGCGUACUCAUUAGCGUCGUGCUCGAUAGUGACCUUAAGAAGGCUGCUGCACUGGCCACGGCCGCUUGCAGCACGAUUCAGUUCGAAGGCUCGCAACACCGACGGGACAUUGCACAGAAGGCGUUCAAACACCUAAAUCUUUCAUACAAAGCCAGUGGCGUUGAUAUUGAUGCUGGCGAUGCCCUCGUGCAGCGCAUUAAACCGUUGGCCCGUGGAACCAACCGUCCCGGCGUGAUCGGUGGGCUUGGCGGUUUUGGUGGCCUCUUUCGACUGAACGACGUAACGUACACCGACCGCGCCGGUAAGGAAGUACGAUACAGCGAUCCGGUCCUUGUCCAGGGAACGGAUGGUGUCGGUACCAAACUGAAGCUGGCCGAAGCACUAAACUGCUGGGACACGAUCGGCGUCGAUCUAGUGGCCAUGUGUGCGAACGAUGUGCUGUGCGCCGGAGCGGAACCGUUGGCCUUCCUCGAUUACAUCGCUUGCGGUCGCCUCGAGGUCCCUACGGCUGCAAUGAUCGUGAAGGGGAUAGCCGAAGGAUGUCGUGAAACACGGUGCGCUCUGCUUGGAGGGGAAACCGCCGAAAUGCCUUCGAUGUACGCCCCCGGAAAGUACGAUUUGGCCGGGUACUGUGUCGGAGUGGCCGAGCACGAUCAGCUCCUCCCGCGGACUGAUCGCAUCCGCGUAGGAGAUCUCGUCGUGGGACUUCCGUCGAGUGGGGUGCACAGCAAUGGGUUCAGUUUGGUGAACCACAUCUUCGAACGCACCGGCACGAAACUGACCGAUGUGGCCCCGUUCGCAGAGGAUGGCUGCAGCAGGUUCGGUGACGAGCUACUCACUCCGACACGCCUCUACGUCGCACCGUUGCUUCCGCUUCUACGCCAGAGUGAAGAAACAAUCAGGGCGCUAGCACACAUUACCGGAGGUGGUUUGAUUGAGAACGUGCCGCGCGUUCUGCCGCCCGGCCUGGCGGUGGAGGUGAACUUCGAUUCGGUGAAAAUUCCUCCCAUCUUUGGGUGGCUUGCGGCGAAAGGCAAUGUUAGUGAGCGGGAAAUGCUCCGUACGUUCAAUUGCGGUAUCGGAAUGGUGGUGAUCCUGGCGGGAGAUGAUCUGUCGUGGCGAUCACAUCUGCAGCAUCACGGAGCGGUAAUGCUGGGCAAGGUUGUUCACCGAUCGUCACCAACCAGCGAGCAAGUGAUCGUGAGCCAUUUCACGGAAGCGAUCGACCGAGUUGCUGCUCCGUAUCGUUCGCAAAUGGUGACAAGCGGCCGACGGACCCCUUCUGGUGCGCCGAUUGAAACUUCGUACAAAGACAGUGGUGUCGAUAUUGGGGCCGGUGAUGAGCUUGUUCGGCGCAUCAAACCGUUCGCGAAAUCGACCAACCGGCUUGGUGUCAUGGGAGGACUUGGUGGCUUUGGAGGACUCUUUCGGUUACGUGAUGCCGUCGGAGAUCAGAUGACCGACCCGAUACUGGUGCUCGGGACGGACGGUGUAGGGACGAAGCUGAAGAUCGCCCAGGAAGCGCACACUCACCACACGAUCGGAAUCGAUCUGGUGGCUAUGUGUGUGAACGAUAUCAUCUGCAACGGUGCCGACCCGUGCUCAUUCCUCGAUUACUAUGCCUGCGGGCGGCUCGAUGUGCCGGUGGCUGAAAAGGUGGUACAGGGGAUUGCCGAAGGAUGCCGUCAGGCCGGCAGUGCCCUGCUUGGUGGAGAAACGGCCGAGAUGCCUGGAAUGUACGCUCCGGGAGUUUACGAUUUGGCCGGCUUUUCCCUCGGAGUGGUCGAUGGCAGCAAGUUGCUACCACGGAUCGAUAGCGUGCGGCCCGGAGACGUGCUGAUCGGGUUGCCGUCGAGCGGAGUACAUAGUAAUGGGUUCAGUUUAGUGCACAAAAUUCUGGACUACGCUGGGGUAACGUAUCGUGACGUUGCGCCGUUCAGUGCGACGGGAAGAACGUUCGCCGAAGAGCUGCUCGUGCCGACCAAGAUCUACGUGCGAGAGCUGCAACCCUUGCUGGCCCGGGGGCAUGUGAAAGCGCUGGCACACAUCACGGGCGGUGGUUUCACGGAAAACAUACCACGCGUGCUGCCCGCGGAACUGGCCGCGUUUCUAAACCUCGCGGAUCUGCACAUUUCACCCCUCUUCGGCUGGCUAUCGCGUGCCGGGAACGUUCGGGCCGACGAAAUGCUACGAACGUUCAACUGUGGCAUUGGAAUGGUGUUGGUGGUAGCACCGGAACACGAGCAAACCGUUCUCGGAGAGUUGCGCCCGGUCGGUGGGCAACCGUUGGGAACGGUGGUGAAGCGCGAUUUGGCUACUGGAGCGCGUGUUAUCGUGCGUGACUUCGAACAGGGUCUUCUGACGGCCCAACGGUCCUGUACGCUGCCAAAGAAGCGUAUCGCUGUACUCAUCUCUGGUACCGGAAGCAACCUGCAGGCCCUGAUCGACGCCACGCGUACAACUGCGGCGGGCAUUCGAGGCGAGAUCGUGUUGGUGGUUUCGAACAAACCAGGCGUCCUGGGACUCGAACGGGCAGCGAAGGCCAACAUUCCCUCGACAGUGAUCCAUCACAAGGACUUCGCUAGCCGAGAGCAGUUCGAUGAAGCAGUUUCGGGUGCGUUGCAAGAGGCUCGUGUCGAUCUUGUGUGUCUCGCCGGAUUUAUGCGCAUCCUUUCGAGCGACUUUGUCCGACGGUGGGCUGGCCGGCUCAUCAACAUUCAUCCGGCACUACUUCCGAAGCAUAAAGGAACCCAUGCACAACGACAGGCCUUGGCAGCGGGCGAUCUAGAGUCGGGCUGCACGGUACACUUCGUGGACGAAGGAGUGGACACCGGCGCUAUCAUCCUACAGGAACGCGUGCCAGUUUUGCCAGGCGACACGGAAGAAACACUCACGGAGCGAAUUCACCGGGCGGAGCACAUUGCGUACCCGCGAGCAUUGCGUUUGGUCGCGAACGGCCUUAUCAAAUAGUCGAUCGAUCAUACAACACGAAUGUCACAGUCAGUAAGGGCGCUGUUAUUUUAUCUUAGCUUUUGUUACUCACUGAAUCAUCACUCGUUACAUCUACUCACAAUGAAUGACCAAACAAUGAACCAAUAAAUCCUAGAAGACUAGACUUAUU